AUGUCGCUCAACCCGUUCUUCCGUCCGAGACCCCACACUCUCGUGGGUGAAAUGAUGAGAGAUAUGGCCAGAAUGGACCCGUUCGUCGACCGAAUCGAUCAAUUUUCUGCUGGCUCGGAGGUGAGCUCUUCUUUUCAGACUUGCAACAGGCCGGACCGGACUGAAAUGAUAAUUUUCAUACGCCCGGCCCGGAAAAAUCAGGAAAUUCGACGUGAAACUUAAUUUUUUAAAUUCCAACUGUCCUAAACUCAACUUUCUUUUUCUUUUCCACAAUAACUCAUCAAAUGUUUUUCAGAUUGUCAACAAUUCGGAAAAGUUCGCCGUCAAUCUGUCCGUUUCGCAGUUCAAACCGGAAGAGUUGAAGAUCAAUUUGGACGGAAGAAAGCUGACGAUCGAAGGGGAGCAGGAGGAGGAAACGGAGCACGGAUACUCGAAGAAGUCCUUCUCCAGAAUCAUUCUGAUGCCCGAAGACGUCGACUUGGCGAGCGUUGUCUCGAAUCUCACCAAGGACGGAAACCUUUCGAUUGAAGGGAAGAAGGCGGAGAGCAUUCAGGGAAGAUCCAUUCCCAUUCAGCAAGCCGUCGAGAAUAAGUCUUCUAAAUAA